AUGACACUCUCCAAAGGUCGCUAUGCUGUGACAUCACGGCGCUGUCGCCACUUAAAUACAUAUGAGAGUAAUUUUUCUAUUUAUAUCUAUCUAUCUAUCUAUCUAUCUAUCUACAUUCCUCUUCAGUUUCUAUCUUAUUCUCAUCAGUAUCUAUCUAUCUAUCUAUCUAUCUUCAUGUCUAUCUAUGUAUCUAUCUAUCUAUGUAAUUUUCUCAACUAUCGUAUGUUUUCAGUAUCUAUCUAUCUAUUCAUCUAUUAUAUUCAUCUAUUCAUCAUUCUAUCUAUCUAUGUAAUUUUCUCUAACCAUCGUAUGUUUUCAGUAUUCAUCUAUUCAUCUAUCUAUCUAUUCAUCUAUGUAAUUUUCUCAACUAUCAUAUGUUUUCAGUAUUUUCUAUUCUAUCUAAAAUUAUUUAUCUAUCUAUGUAAUUUUCUCAACUAUCGUAUGUUUUCAGUAUCUAUCUAUCUAUCUAUCUAUCUAUCUAUCUAUCUAUCUAUCUAUCUAUCUAUCUAUCUAUGUAAUUUUCUCAACUAUCAUAUAUGUAUCUAUCCAUAUAUCUAUCUAUAUAAUUCUCUUAUCUAUCUAUCUAUCUAUCUAUCUAUCUAUCUAUCUAUCUAUUGCAUUAUCUUCAGUAUCUAUCUAUUUAUCCAUCAAUCUAUCUAA